GAAACCGCCCAAUCAGAGGCGCACGUUGAGGAUUGUUACUUGAAGGGAACGCUGAGGAAGAAGGAGGCGAGGAGCAGCGGACGGUGGCCUGCGAGCGGAAGACAAGAUGACUGGGUCUAAUGAGUUCAAGCUGAACCAGCCUCCAGAAGAUGGCAUCUCCUCGGUGAAGUUCAGCCCCAACACAUCCCAGUUCCUGCUGGUCUCCUCCUGGGACACUUCGGUCCGGCUCUACGAUGUCCCUGCCAACACCAUGCGCCUCAAAUACCAACACACUGGCGCCGUCCUCGACUGCGCUUUCUAUGAUCCAACACAUGCUUGGAGUGGGGGAUUGGAUCAUCAGUUGAAAAUGCAUGAUUUGAAUACUGAUCAAGAAAACCUUGUUGGAACCCAUGAUGCACCUAUUAGAUGUGUUGAAUAUUGUCCAGAAGUGAAUGUUAUGGUUACUGGAAGUUGGGAUCAAACAGUUAAGUUGUGGGAUCCUAGAACUCCUUGUAAUGCAGGAACCUUUUCUCAGCCAGAAAAGGUUUACACGCUCUCUGUGUCUGGAGACAGAUUAAUUGUGGGGACAGCUGGUCGGAGAGUGCUGGUAUGGGACUUGAGGAAUAUGGGCUAUGUGCAGCAGAGAAGAGAGUCUAGUCUGAAAUACCAGACUCGUUGCAUACGAGCGUUUCCAAAUAAGCAGGGUUAUGUGUUAAGUUCUAUUGAAGGCCGAGUGGCAGUUGAAUACUUGGACCCAAGUCCUGAGGUGCAGAAGAAGAAAUAUGCAUUCAAAUGUCACAGACUAAAAGAAAAUAAUAUUGAGCAGAUUUAUCCUGUCAAUGCCAUUUCCUUUCACAACAUUCACAACACAUUUGCUACAGGUGGAUCUGAUGGAUUUGUUAAUAUUUGGGAUCCAUUCAAUAAGAAACGAUUGUGCCAGUUCCAUCGGUAUCCCACUAGCAUAGCAUCACUUGCCUUCAGUAAUGAUGGGACCACACUUGCAAUAGCAUCAUCAUAUAUGUAUGAAAUGGAUGACACCGAACAUCCUGAAGAUGGUAUCUUCAUUCGCCAAGUGACAGAUGCAGAAACAAAACCCAAUGAAACCCAGGAAGAAAAGAUAGAAGAAGAAAUUCCAUUGAAAAUAACAAAAUGUCAUUAUCUAAGAGUCUACAUUCAGGGAAACUGGGUCUCAGAAAGGUUUGGAGUGACUUGCCCAAGGCCCCAGAAGGAAGAAAAGAAGUCACAUAUGGCCACAAGGACAGUAGCUCAGGCCUGGCUUCAUGUUCCCUACUCUCCUGUUUACCUAACUUGAAACUUUCUAACAAUAUAUUUCUGUUUUGAGCACUACUUAUAGUACUAUAAAAACUGAUAUUUAGCAUUUAACUGCUAUUUCUUGGCUUCAGUCACUUGUUCUAGACUCAGAGUAUGUUUCCAUCUUCAUGACAGAGGAGUACAGAAGAGGUAGGGGGAAGAAUAGUCAUAUAACAGUUUGUAUAUAUGGUGCUUUAUGAUAUAUAAAUCACUUUUUUCAUAGCAACUGUGUGAAGUAGAUGGUAGUACAAGAAUUAUCUUCAGUUCAUAGGCUUAUAGGAAAGGAGCAUAGAGAGAUCAUUUAGUCCAACCCUUUGUUUUACAAAUGCGGAAAAGGAAACCCAGAUGGAUGAAAGAACUUGACAAAAAUCACACAGAUGCCAGAGUUGGGAUUCAGAUUCCAUUUUUCUUGCAGCCUGGUAAUGCAGAUGUUUUUAGAUCAGGAUAAUGAGGUUUGCAGAAGUUAAAUGCCUUACUCAUGGUCACAGGGUUGACCACUAAGUGCUGGAAUCAGGAUUUGGACCUAGGUGUUUCUGGCCCCAUGUUAUCUCUCACACAUAUUCGUCUUUGACCAGGGCUGAAGUUUAAGGGACAUGGGUUUUACAGAAGCUGAACAACAUUGUACUCUGUGUGUGAAAAGUAUAGAACAAUCUAAAAAUUACACCCUUCCCCCCCCAGUUACUAUCUUUAAAAAAAAAUCUCAUUUUUUAUGGCAAGACCAGCAAAACAGUGGAAACAAAUAAAUACAUUAUUGCCAUAUUAAAAGAAAGUAGCUUUAUCUAUUGUCUUCCUUUGCCUUAAAGGAAAGUACAAUGUAUGAGCAACCAUGUAGAGGACUUUUAGACUUUCUGAAGUCUUGGUCUCUAGGAAUGGAAUUGGACCUUCCCUUCUUAAUUCUGAUUUCAUCCAUGAUAAAGCCUUUUUAGAUAUUGAUCAUUGUUAGCUCUGUUUCUCAGUAUAGCUAAAGAAAGCCCAUUUCUUUCCCCUUCACCUGAUUCGUUUCCACAUUUCUCUUGUACAUUCUUGAGAAAACAGAUAAUGUUACUAGGAUUAUGACAGUAACCUCUUUUGAAGGAAGAUUUUUAUGAAUUAGUUACUGUUAUAAAAAUUGGCAAUUAGUAAAAGCAAAAGUAGAAAAAAAAAGCCUGGUAUCUGUUUAGUGGCUAGAAAACCAUGACAUUAUAUGCCACAAUAAAAGCCAUUCUGCAGGUAUGUCAUAAUUUUGUUUUUGAGUGAACACUGCAUGAAACUAUCUUUAUAAAAAAAAUGGAUGUAUCAUUCUGAGCCUCAGAAUCUUUCAUCUGUUAUCUGUCUUCUAUCACAGUCUUGAGGAAGUACAAUUAAAAAGGAGUAAUUCUUUUUUCGAAUCAGUUUCCAUUAUUAUGUGAGAUUAUGAAUCAUUCUAAAUCUUGGUAUCCAGGAGAGACACCCCCGCUCUGCAGCUCCUUUCAACAGUUGUUUGUGGCAGUUUCAGCCCUCUUUCUGCCUCUGAAGCUCUUUAUUUUUAAAGCAAGGCAGAUGAGGCCUAAAAUUAUUCCAUUAAAGAGGGGCAAUUUUUGUAAUGGGACUUAGAGUGCUCUGCAGAAGUGCAGGCAAGUUUCUUCAAUAUCCUGAGCAUUAUUCACUCAUUUAGUUAAAUGAUGUUUCUAAUUCCCUGGUAAUUACAUGUAAUGAGGCACUUUUUCUCUUCUUGAUGAGACUUUAGCUUAAUAUGAGAUGGCAUAUUUUUUUCUUCCUUUUUUUUCAUGGGGAUAAUUACCCCUUCCUAGGAAAAGCAGGGUUUGUUGUGCAGAAUAUAGCAAAUUAUUUUAUUUCCUGCCAUCUUGACUGCCAGUAAAUUAUAAAAUUAAGUUUCAGUGGAACAUUAGCACCAUUUUGGGAAAGGCUUGAGACUUUUUUUUUUAAUUCAUGUGCUGCUGUCCUCUGGGAUCAUAGGGGCCAUUAUUCAUAGAAUAGAUGUUUUUCUGCCAAUUCCAAGUAUUCAGAUGUAUUAAGGCUGCAACAUAGAUUUAAUUUUCUGGAUGGUAUCCAGUGUAGAAUGUUCUUGUAAUCUUCUUUGUGCUCAGGUAAUUAUCAUUACAAAGUUAAGUAAUUCGUUCCCUCUUUUGACCACCCUCCGCACAACACCCUCCCUUCCCCCAUUUAUAUGUCAAAUUAUUUUUUUGUGUGUGUGUUGUACUUCAAUUACAUGCAAAGUAACUAUAUUUGAAUCACGUGAAGGUGGUGACACUGACUGUUAAUAGGCAGGAAGUUCAGAGUUAAUAUAGACACUACUUAACUCUACCUAUUGUUAAAAAAAGAUGUAAAGAGAAAAAUACAAAAAGAACAACAUUAAUUAAGGACAAUGUCAUAUUGAAUUUUCAAUUUCCUGGGCUCAAUUUUUGUUAGAAAUUUUAAAGGUUUUUUUUGGGGGGGAGGGGUUACCUUUUUGUUUUUUUAAGAACAGUAUUUCAAUAAGAAAUAAUUUAAAAAGCAUGUUUCAAGAUAGUCAUUCUUUACUAUCUAUCAAAGGACACAUCUGAAGAUUUUCUUUAGUAUGGUACCUACUUAUCUGCAUAUUUCAGGCUUGUAAAUAUUUACCAAUAAUAUAUCCACUCACAGUUUUUUUUUAAAUUAAUGUUCCUAUUCUCAAGGGGCAAUGCAAGUUAUUGGAGAAAUAAAGUCACUGUGUUAUGACUGGUUAAUGCACUGGGCUAAGAGUCAAAAGACCUGUUUAGAGCCCUGACAUUUAUUAGCCAUGUGAAUUUGGGCAAAGUACUCAAAGGCAGCAACUGUAUAUAAUUCAUUUUUCUGUUUCCCCUAGUGCUCAGCAAAAUGCCUUCAUAUAGUUGACCUGCAAUAAAUGUUUGUUGAAUGAA